UACAAAGUGGUCUCCCAGGUGCUCUUGCAUUGUCUUGUCUGUCUUCUUAGAAGAGUGAUCUUUACUACAAUGGGAACAUCAUGGCAAGGGCUGUGUCCUGCCCUUGUUUUAGUUUGGGUUGUUUGUGGUGCUCCUGCCCUUGGAUUAGGCAAUGGUUUUCUGUAUCCUGAUGCAAGUAAUUAUAGAGUGGAGAGAAAGUUGGGUUUUGAAGGGAAUUCAAACCAUAGAGUUGAUGGGGGCACAUCUUCUGACCGCGGUGUGUAUUCUGAAGAGCACCUCUAUAAAACUUACCGAGGCUACAGCAAGUCUGAUUUAUCACUUCCAGAGUUGGCACCCAAGUACUACAAUGAGCUUUCAUUUCGUGAAGCUGAUGCCAGUGGUUCAAGUCCCUUCAAGAGUGCACCUGAGUUUAUCAAUAUGGCUGCUGGUCAGGAUUCCUCUGAACUUGAAAAUGAAGUUCUGGGUGUGAAAGCUGCAGAUGACCACCUUUGGGAUGAUGUCUUAACAGAUGUUACUCCACUCUUGGUAUCUGAUGUGAACUGGAGAGCAGAUCCUCUUGAUAAUGAACAUUCAUUCUUUAAUGUUUAUGGUGUGUUCCAUUUGUCGAAGUCUGGCAAAGGAUGGAGUGAUGAAAGUCCUGGCUUAAUUUUGCCUCCUAAAAAUGAAUCCUCUUGUGGUGAAGCUGGAGCUCAUCAUCCUCGCCAUAACCACCACCACUCUCAUUCUGUUAAAUGCAAUAUGGCUAACAUGACUGUUGUAUUUAAAGGACAUCAACAGGAGCUCUUUGUACAAGCCCACCCCUCUACAAUUUUGAAUGUAUUUAAUCUUCUGCAUAAAUGCAAGUAUGAGGUAAAGGAGAAAAGUGGGUCUUUCCAGUUUACCACUUCAUAUAAUGGCUGCUAUGUCAAGAAACUGGGUGACUGCUUUGUCCUCAACCUUGUAUGGAAAAACAAGACCGUGGUUCUGUCUUGUCCUGCUGAACCCACACCAUCAUUACUUACUUUUUGCCAAAGUGAUAAAAUGACCAUCGUCCUUCCUGAAGGUCCUCUAGACCUGCUGAAAGUCAAAGAUCGCUUCAAUCAAUGGAUAACCAUUCACAAGAUUGCACACAGGUGUAAAUACCUCAUAUGGAGGGAUUUGCUGGGCAGAAUUGUCUUCUCGGCUUCUUUUAAAGCCUGCCAUGUGAAGGAAACGAAGGAGGAAUAUGUCCUAGUAGUAAGGUAUGAAUCUGCAGGAGUCCCUGGGCAGGUUGUCAUGUCUUGCCCUGUUGAAAGCCAUGUCCAGCAUCCUCAUCUGGAUUUCCCAACUACGUUGUGUGGAAUGAAUGGCAUUAUAAUUCAUCUCCCAAAACAGAAUUUGCAGGCAAUUCAACUGAAAGAUGCAUUUGGAAAUGCAGUGAAUAUUGAGGACAUUGCAGAAGACUGUGAUUUCAGGGUCAUUCAUGAUAAAGCCUCGGUCACAUUAAUAGCUUCUUUUGAAAGCUGCAAUGUGAAAUUACAGGGUAAGCAUCAUCUGCUGACUGUUCAGUAUGUAAUUUCUGGAAUGACCAAAUCUGUCCAUGCACAAUGCCAUCAAUUGGACAAGCCAAGGAUUCACUGCAGGGCUUCCGGCAUGACAAUAGAGUUACCCCAUGGGCCUCUAGAGAAGGUCUUUAUCAAAACUCAACUGAAUCAGUUGGUUGCAGUCAGAGAUGCUCCCAAAUACUGCAGGUACCAUCUAGUAAGAGACCAUGGCAUAAACCUCCUGACUGCAUCUUACUUGUCCUGUGAUGUUAAAACUGUGAAUUACAACUAUAUCUUGCCGGUCUUCUAUAUGUCGGCUUCUGGUAAGCAAGGUUCUGUAAACAUGGAAUGCCCAGCAACAACUGGAAAACCUAGGGUCAUCUGCAGAAGGUCCAGUAUGACUGUGUACUUGCCAAAUGUUCCACUGGAACAAAUCCGACUCAGAAACCAUCAUGGAAAGAUUGUUGCCAUCCAUGCUGUCAAGCACUGCCAUUACAUUUUGAUGGAAGGAAACCACCACCUGAUUUUCACCACUUCGUACAAGGCCUGUGAUGUGCAAAUAAAGAACGGGCAUUACAUUUUGACUGUGGUGUAUGGAAGUGGCACAAAGGGCGAGGCAUCUGUUGAGAUGAAAUGUCCAGUUGAAGAAACGGAGAGUAUUCCCAGCCACACCGUGACCUGUGGCAAAUCUGGAAUGUCUGUGUUGCUUCCAAAGGGUUCCACAGAAGAUGUGAAAAUCAUUGAUUACCUUGGUAAUGAAGUGGCAGUGAGAAAUGUGCCAAAACAUUGCCAGUAUGUAUUGGAGAAGCAUUCCAAUGGAAGUGUGUCUUUCACAGCACAUUAUAGAAGCUGUGAUGUUAAAAUGCAGGGGGGGUAUUUCAUGUUAACGGUACUCUACAAGCCUUUGAGUGGCCCAAGGUUGGUUGGACACAUGAGGUGUCUAGCAAGUGACCACGGCAGCCAUAUUCCCCAUGACCUUCCAGUUGUGAUUUGUGAGUCCACCAAUAUGAAAGUGCAACUGCUUGAAGCUUCAGAAGUCCGUGUUUUGGAUGCCCAUGAUAAGGAACAUAAUGUGCUCAAGAUUGCCAGGGAAUGCAGCUAUGAGAUAAAAAAGAAGGGGAAAAUGCUGCUCUUCACAACUGCUUAUCAUGGCUGUCACAUAAAAGUUUUGCAGCAUGAUCAUUAUUCUCUGACGGUAGUCUAUAGAUCCAUCGGUGGGGACAAUGUCUGGCUGCAGAUGAAAUGCCCAGUUCAAGCACAUCCAGGGCGGCCAACACCACCAGUUAUUGUGCCAACAAAACCCCUUCCUCAUGUGGCAUGCAAAAAUGACAGUAUGACUUUGAUGUUACCAGAUUGUAAUCUUGAUGGGAUUACAGUCAAAGAUGCUUUUGGCCAAGAUGUACAAGUGGAAGGUACACCAAGUUAUUGUGGCUACAGCUUGAUAAAAGGUCAUGGAAAAAUCAAUUUCACAAUUCUUUAUGGUGCUUGUGAUGUUUCCAUUGAGCAUGGCAACUAUGUUCUGACAGUGGGCUAUAAAGUUCUUCAUGGGCCUAAGAAGUACAUAACCUUAAGAUGUCCAGUCCCGGCCAGGCCAACAACUACACCCAUUCACAGUUCCACUGUCAUCUGCAGAAAAGAUGGCAUGCUUGCUGUACUACCUGAUGGUCUGCUAAAUCUAGUCAAAAUAAUAGAUGUCUCUAAUAAAGAACAGACUGUGAUCCAAGCACCUGUGGAGUGUGGCUAUGGACUAGUAAAAACACACGGAAAGAUCACAUUGUCUGUCCAGUACACAUCAUGUGAUGUUGCUGUGAAGCAUAAUAUGUAUUGGCUCACUGUACUAUACACACCAGCCAAAGGCCCCGAAUUGUCUCUGAACAUGAGCUGCCCUGUUGUCCCACCAAGUGUUCCAACUUCUAGCACUGUAAGACCUCCAGUCAGUCAUCCCACUGUGAUCUGUGGGAGCUCCAGCAUGAGGGUGCUUCUGCCAAAUGGGUCUCCUAACUGGGUCAACGUAAUAAAGAAGACUGGCGAUAAAGCCAAGGUGGUGUCUCAACCAAAGAGCUGUGGCUAUGUAUUGGAAAAAGGUCACAACUAUCUUUCCUUCACUACACCGUACCAAGCUUGUGAUGUUCAAAUUUUAGGUAGUUUUUAUGUGCUCACUGUAAUUUAUGCACCAGAAGUUGGUCCUGAACUGGUAGUGAAAAUGAAAUGCCCAACUGCUUCUGGAGACUUUAGCGUCACCACCCUUCCUCCACUAACUUCCCAGAAGCCCUCCACUAUUCCUCCAUCCCCUACGGUUUUCUGUAAAGCAGCCAGCAUGAUGCUGGUAUUGCCUGGUUUGCCAAAUGAAAUUCAAAUACUUGACAAGGCCAAUGAGAGAGAACCUGUGAAUUCCACAUCUCGUGCAUGUGGGUACAUAGUGACAAAACGUGAUGGAAAUUUAAUUUUUUCAGCUGUUUACGAUGCAUGUGAUGUCCUCAUUCAGCAUCACCAUUAUGUACUGACCGUGCUAUACAAACCAUCUGGUAAACCAUGGAAGUCUGUAACUAUGAGAUGUCCAGUCAAGGUGCCAACUUCUCCACCUACAAAGCCUACUGCACCGAGCUCUGUAACUUGCAGGGCUCAAAGCAUGAUGGCAAUGCUGCCAGAUGGGCCUACAGGCCAGGUCAAAGUAAUUGACUCCUUUGGUGAAGCAGUAGCUGUGAGUGGAGCUGCUUCAGUGUGUGGUUAUGGGCUGACAAAAGUCAAAGGGAAGAUUCUGUUGACUGUUCCAUAUAAUGCAUGUGAUGUUUCUGUGGAGAGUGGGGAUUAUGUCCUCGUAGUGCUUUACCAACCUGUUGGAGGCAUGCAGAAGUCUAUGACCCUCCGAUGUCCUGCUGGUGAUCACACAACUACCUCCCAGGGUCCCACCACUGCAACAAUUACCACCUUUGUCCAUUCAACUAAAAAAGCUACCACACACCGUUCUGAAUCCACUCCCAAGUCCACAUCUGGUCCUCCUCCAAAUGUGGUGUGCAGGCAAAAGAGCAUGAUGGCAAUUCUGCCCAAUGCUUUCCCAGAUAGUGUCAGAGUAAUUGAUCAAUUUAUGCAGGAAGUGACUGUGAUAACGGCACCAGUGAGCUGUGGGUACCAGCUUGUGAUUGGUUACCAACAGGUUGUAUUCCUAACUCCUUAUGUAGCUUGCAAUGUCCGCAUUGUGGAUGGCUUCUAUGUUCUGGCUGUACUCUAUACAACUAAAAAUGGGCAGCAAAAGAGAGUGUCUAUGAAAUGUUCCACUCUUUCUGGAGAUAUGGGGUUAUCUACAACAGUUGCUCCUACCAGUGUAAUGAAAAGUACACCCAGGGCACCAAGUGUUCUUUGUAACGCCUCCACAAUGAGCGUGAUGCUUGAUGGAUCGUCAAGAGAUGUCUUUGUACUAGAUAUUGUGAAUGAAGCAGUGCCCGUUAACCAGGUUUCUUCCAGAUGUGGAUAUGUGCUCACAAGAGAACCUGGAGGUCUCCUCCUGACUGCACAAUACACAUCGUGUGACGUCCGAAUCAAGAAUCACUUCUACAUCCUUAGUGUGCUGUAUACACCUGCUGGCGGAGAAGAAACAUCUGUGAACAUGAAAUGCCCAGUCAUUCAACCACCAACAACCAUGUCAACCACUACAACCAUGCCAGGGACACCCAGUAUCCCUUUAGUGAUUUGCCAAGAAUUCACCAUGGAAGCGAUAUUGCCUGCUGGGUUGCUUAGUCAGGUUAAAAUAACAGAUUUCUUCAAUCAAAGUAUGGCUGUGAACCAGGCUCCAAAUGAGUGUGGCUAUACACUAAGAAAAGCGGGUGGAAAGAUUGUUUUCAGCACUCCAUAUAAUGCAUGUGAUGUGUAUGUUCAGUAUAACGGAUACAUCUUGACUGUCCUGUACCAACCUUAUGGACAUCCCCAGAAGUCUGUGACCAUGAGCUGUCCAGUUGUUGAGCCAACAGAACCUACCAGUGCUGCCCCCACCACCGUGACCUCCAAGCCUACAACUUCCAUCCCUCCACCCAAAGCCCUGUGCAGAGGGUCUAGCAUGAUGGUGGUUCUGCCAAGUGCUGCUCCAGAAAAUGUUAAAAUAAUAGAUAAGCUUCACCAUGAGGUCCCUGUCAUCACUGCACCCAGAAGCUGUGGCUACACACUUGUUAAACAAUACAAGCAACUGGUCUUUGCCUCCCUAUACACAGCAUGUGAUGUCCAAAUAAAGGGUGGCUUUUAUGUUCUUAUGGUGGUCUAUACAACUCCAAGUGGUGUGAAAAUGAAGGUUCCUAUGAAGUGUCCUACCACUGGAUCCCUUUUUCCAACUACACUAGCUCCAACAACAAGGAGCAUUUGGACCACACCUAGUGCUCCUAUUCUGAUCUGCAAAGCUUCAAACAUGAUGGUGUUGCUUCCGAUGGGCUCCAUAAAUGAUGUCAAAGUAAUAGAUCAAAAGAACGAGGCAUUGCCUGUGGUUCAGGCUCCAAGAAACUGUGGAUAUGUACUCGAGAAAAGGUCAAUCAAUCUUGCCUUUUUGGCCAUUUAUACCUCCUGUAACAUAAAAAUUUUGAGAAAUCAUUACGUUCUGCAUGUACUGUACACACCUUCUGGUGGUAUGGAGAUGUCUAUGACAAUGAGAUGCCCAGUCAAAGUGCCUACAACUACAAAGGUGCCAUCUACUACCAGUACACUUACCACAAAGGCUUUUACUCCCAUUGUAAUCUGUCGCAGUUCUAGUAUGAUGGUCACUUUGCCUGAUGGCUCUCCACAGUCUGUCAGUGUCUUAGAUGUUCUUGGUGAGCAAGUGGCUGUGACCCAACAGCCUUCAAGCUGUGGAUAUACACUGGUAAAAAAACAAGGAAACCUGCAGUUCACUGCCCUUAAUCAAGCUUGUGAUGUGCAGAUCAUAGGUGGCUCCUAUGUACUUCUCCUAAUAUACCAGCCUCAAAGUGGGCCACAAAUAGUUGCCCGGAUGGAAUGCCCAGUUACUUCUGAAGACCCUGGUCUGACUACAGCUGUUAGUGCUACUAUUGCCACCAGCACCACAAUACUGCCCACCUCUGCAACACCUACUGUGAUUUGCAACUCUACCAACAUGACAGCAAUGCUUCCAGAUGGUUCUCUUGAUGCUGUUGAGAUAAUAGAUCUUGCUCAUGAGGUGGUUCCUGUAAAACUGAUGCCACAAGGGUGUGGAUACACAUUAGAAAGAAAGCAAGGAUAUCUAUCCUUUGUUGUUCAAUACACAGCAUGUGACAUCAACAUCUUGAACAAUAAGUACAUCUUGAUGGUGCUAUACAAACCAACUGGACGGUCUAUGAGGUCUCUGACAAUGAGUUGCCCCGUUGGCAUCCAGCCGACUAUGACCACUACCCUCUCCAAGCCUUAUACCCCAAGCCCUCCAGUGACUUGUGGUAAUUCUAGUAUGAGUGUAGCAUUGCCAGAUGGACCUCUAGAUCAGGUGAAAAUCGUAUCUUUCAAUGAAACCGUUGCUGUAUACGAGGCCCUUCCAGAGUGUGGCUACAUUUUAAGGAGAGUUGGGAGAAAGAUGGUCUUGAAAGUACCCUAUGACGCAUGUGAUGUUUAUACAUGGAGGGAUAACUAUGUCGUGAUGGUGCUAUAUAUGCCUGCUGGUGGGGUUCAGAACCGUGUAACCAUGAGAUGUCCAAUAAUUAAGCCAUCACCACCGACUACCACCAUGUCGACGAGGAUGACCACACACAGUCCCUCAAGUGCUGUGAUUUGCAGAGGCUCAAAUAUGACUACUGACUUACCUGGUGGUGCUUUGGAAGAGGUCUAUGUAAUUGAUAAACAUUACAAGGAAGUGGCAGUAGUUACUCUUCCAAAAAGCUGUGGCUACACACUGGUGAAAAGAAACCAUCAACUGUCCUUCACUGCUCUUUACAAAUCUUGUCAUGUCAGAAUUUCUCACCACCAUUACGUACUGACUGUCUACUACAAGACUGCUAAAGGAGCCUCCAUGGUCGUGGAUAUGAAAUGUCCCCUUCUCUUUACACCAAGCACACCUGUCCCUGUAAAGCCUGGGAUUCCUCCAGUAAUGUGCCACAAGUCUGCAAUGAGUGCAAGGCUGCCUACUGCCUCUGUGCAACUUGUGAAGAUCCUAGACAAAGUAGGUAAAGAAGUAUCGGUGGUCAGCUUGGCAAGUAAAUGUGGAUAUCAUCUAGUAAAAGAGGAGAGGGCUGUCUAUUUCAGCGUCCCUUAUACAGCCUGUGAUGUCAAGAUAUUGGAUCACCAUUAUGUGUUAACUGUGAUCUACACCUCCUUUGCUGGGUACAGGAUGGUGAUCCGCUUGAGGUGUCCUGUUCCUGCACCCUCUCCAAUUGAAGCUGGAGUGUCUUGCUUGGAGGACUGCAUGUCCAUCGAGCUACCAUUGGGUCCUCUUAAUGAAGUUAAAGUAGUUGGUUCAUUGUACAACUUUGUGGUGGUUAACCAAGCUCCCAAAUCUUGUGGGUAUAGCCUGGUGGAGAAAGCUGCAAAGCUUGUCUUUACUGUUGCUUAUAAAGGGUGUCAUGUCAAGACUGUGGGUAAACAUUAUGAGCUAACCAUUGUUCAUCUCUCCAGUACUGGAGAAAAGCUGCAAAAGCAGAUGAUGUGCCCUGUACAGAGGAUUGUGGCUCAUCAAGGCUGCAACCUACCAAGGAAUAAACAAGUGACCUGUGGUCCUCCUGGUGCUAAACCCCACUCCUGCUUGGCUCAUGGAUGUUGUGUGGAUGAAGAAACGUUGCACUGCUAUUACCCCAUGGACACAUGCACAGCAGAUGGCCACUUUGUCUUUGCGGUUUACCGCACUGCUAGUAAACCUGAAGUGGACCCAGCAACGUUGGUGGUUUCGGGCAACCAGUCUUGUCUCCCUGUGAUCUGCACUCCAGAAUUUGCCAUCUUUAAAUUCCCGGUGACUGGCUGUGGCACCUACGUUUUUGUCAUUGCUGAAACUACAAUUUAUGUGGCUGAAGUUCAAGGCCUAAUCCGACGCAAGCUGCAAAUGUUUGGGCAGAUUACAAGAGACAGUCCAUUUCGUCUUCAGGUGGAAUGUCGCUACUCCAAAGGAAGUCUGGCUAGUACUGGCUACUUGGUGAUGAACGUGUCUCCUCCUCCUGCUUCCAUUUCCUCUGAGCAACUUGGGGUUUCUUUAAGAAUUGCCAAAGAUGAAAGCUACUCUUCGUUCUACCCAUAUUCCCAGGUACCUCUUAGCUUAUUGUUGAGUAAGAAAGUCUACCUUCAACUCCAACUUGUAAACCCACCUGAACCUAAUAUGGUAUUGCUGGUACAUUACUGCAUUGCUUAUCCUCGUUCUUCGAUGAAUGCCUGGGUACUCAUCUAUGAAGGGUGUCCAAAUAAAGAAUCUGCUGUCAAUCUGAUUCUGAAAGAUAUUGAGGGGCAUCCCUUGCCAAAAUAUCUCCGGCGCUUUGAUCUCCACACAUUUCAGUUUUUGGACCCAAAGAGUCAGGAGCGUUUGGAUGAAGAGGUUUACUUCAUGUGCUCAACUGAAGCCUGCUCAAGCUCAUCUCAAUUUUGCAAUGAAGGAUGCUUUGAUGGAAGAAUAAUGGCAACCCCUGCUUCUGAAUCUUUUGAUGGACGCUGUUCAGGAAAGCUUUGUCCCAGACAUGCGAUCAUUGCCAAGAGGGCCAUUGAAGGGUCUGAUGCUGUCAAUGCAAUGUUCAACUCCAACAAUGUUCCUGCUCAAGCUGAUGGUAAUACAUUGAGGAAAUGGAUCCUUCCACUGGUCUUGGGACUCCUCUCCUUGAUUACUGCUUCAGCAUUGUUCAUUCUCCGAAAUCUAUGCAAACCUUGCAGACAUUAACUAAAUAAAGCAUUUUUUCACUUUU